AUGGCGACCCUGGAUUCUACCACGACUCGCCCCCGGGGCUUACUAGACCAGCCAGACGAGAUCCUCCUCCUCAUUGAGGAAUACCUACCACCCAAAGCCUUGAACGCAUUCAUUCGAACCUCGAAACGCAUUUAUACCUGCCUUACCCCACAUCUCUACGCUCUUGCAUAUGACGAUGCAAAUAUCAUCGCCACAGCCGCGGAGGAAGGCCAGAUUGCGAGCCUGAGAGCACUGAUUCAGCAUGCACCACCCGGCUACCUCGAUGGUAAUCUUGGCCGUGUGAUUCUCUACGAAGCAGUCGAGACUGGUCAGCGGGAGGCAGUCCGCAUGCUGCUGGAAAGGGGCAUUGACCCUAAUGUUUCUCGAGGAGAAGAAGAGUCCAGUUUCCGCCCGUUGCCGUUGCACUGCGCUGCCGCCGAGGGAAACCUUGACCUUGUGAAAAUGCUUCUCGAUGUCGGUGCCAACAUCUCGCAGGUUUAUGCGGGGGAGAUCACCGCGCUGCGGUCUGCCAUCUGCUCGGCGCGUAGUCAUGUUGCCGUGUGGCUGAUCCAUCGUGGGAUUGAUAUCAGCAUUACCCUGCCAGGAGGAGUUACGGCACUGCACCACGCAGCGAAUCGGAGCCUUACUAAUGUUAUUUUAUUGCUUUUGGAACGUGACAUGGACGUCAAUGCUCGCAACAGUUAUGGAGACUCGCCGCUACACUGGGCCGUCGUGGGCAGUUAUCCUCGGGCUAGAGAGCGAAUAGAAACGGUGAAAUUACUGCUCGAGUCUGGAGCGAGCGCCACGGCAGCCAGGAUCGAUGGGGAAACGCCAUUGCAUCUUGCGGCCAGCGGAGGAGAGGCAGAGGUGGUUUCACUGUUGCUGCAAUACGGGGCUGAUGUCAACGCAAAGGCCCUGGCGGGCAGGACGCCGUUGCAUCGGGCUACACGUCCUCGCCAGGGAAACAUAGAAACAGUGAAACUUCUUUUAAACGCUGGGGCGGAUUGUUCGGCUGAAGAUGACAAUCACCACACGCCACUACUCAAUGCGAUGCGGGCAAACCACCGCGAGGAGAUCCAGAUGUUGAUUGAGGCGGGAGCGGCGUCCCAUCCUUCCCAGUAUACUACUGCGUUGCUUCUCCAGGCCACGAUCAAUCGGCGUCAAGACCUGGUGCAGAAGUUGCUGGAUCACGGCGUGGAUGUGGACGCCACGGUGCAUGAGCAUUCAGGAAUCACCGUGCUGAUGAAGGCCGCCCGGACAGAAAGUCUCGAGCUGUUCAAGAUGCUACUCGACCAAAGUAAAGAGCUAGGAAUGGUUAACAGUAAUGGAGAGACUGUGGUCGAUUUCGCUUCUACACGAGGCAGCAAGGACAUGUUGAGUCUGCUGGUUGACAGGGGGGCGAAUAUUGAACACCGCAAUCGAUGGGGAAGGACCCCAUUGAUGCAUGCAGUCCGAUCCCGGAAUAUCGAAGCGGUCUUGUUCCUUCUGGAAAGAGGCGUCGAUAUGAAUGCUCGUGACAGCAGUGGGGAUACUGCUUUAUAUCACGCGGUGGAAACCGGGAAGGUAGCAAUGGCCAAGUUGUUACUUGAUCGAAGCGGCAUUAUUGAGGAGUCUGACGAGGGUAGCUCAUCCCUGCUGCAUGCAGUACCCCGGCGCAAUGUUUCCAUGAUGAAGCUAUUGUGGAAGAGCGGAAAAUGCCGAUUUACAAAAGCCAGUCUCACAAAACGAAUGGGGCACGCAAUCUAUUUCGACAACAGGGCUGAGGCCAGGCUUUUGUUGCAGAUGGGCUGUGAUGUGAAUAGCCGAGAUCGUGACGGUGAAACGCCACUUCUGUUAGCCAUCGGAAGAUUCAAUGAGAAGAUGGCUGUGCUGUUAUUGCGGCACGGUGCUGAUAUCGAAGCCAGCAACGAUCGAGGCUUAACCCCGUUAAUCUCGGCCGCUUGGCCUGGAGUACCUGGGAUUGCACGUAUACUAAUUUUAAAGGGCGCGAAUAUUGAAGCCGAAACGGUCUAUGGUGCCAGGCCACUAGAACGGGCUGUGUGCAGUGGAAUCAAAUCCAUCAUUGAGCUGCUUCUAGAAAGGGGUGUCUGCGUGGAAACGCCAGAUAAAGACGGUCGAACACCGUUGAUGCAAGCCCUCGCCCGAGGCCUGCCCAACACGACGGAGAUCCUGCUAUCUUAUUCAGCCAAGGUCCAUGCGGUGGAUAAAAAGGGCCGAACGCCUGUUUCGUGGGCGAUGAAAAGUGGAGACGUGAUGACAGUUAAGAAGGUGGUGGAAGCAGGAGCCGAUGUGUUCAAGGCAGACCACGAUGGACACACGCCGCUGUGGUGGGCGAUGCAUUAUGAAAACGAUCAUCUGAUCAAAUAUCUGGCCAGGGACAAUCCGGACUAUUAUUACACUUCGUUUUGCCCGAAUUCGGAACCAGUCAUCGAAGAGGAGGAUACGUUUCCUCUUGAUGUUACCCCCGGUUGUCUUGAUUGA